AUGAAUUUCAGUAACCCUGCAGAUGAGAUUUUCAAUCCACCCCAACGACUUGCAUCAAUAAAUCACCCGGAUCCAAACUUCCUGAAUCCGACUCACCCGAUCGUUCCAAAUCAAGCAUACAAUUUACCAUCUUCACGGCCGCCAGAAGCGAAUGCUUACCCGAACUUCAUUCCGCAAAAUCCAGUUUUCAAUCACAGCAGCUCGACCAACUUUACUAAUCACAAACCAGCUAUGACUCCGAAGUCGUAUCCUAGUCACUCGCACUCCCAAUCGUUAAACUUUCAUCCAUCCGCAGGCCCCUCGACCCAAAAAGUCUCUCACUUAAAUAAUCAAACCUUUUCUAAGGCCCAGCCGUUUCCUCCUCAUCCUGCAUCAUCCACGUCCGCCUCGUUUUCUGAUAUCACCUUCGACGUAGCUCCUCCGUUCGAAUUCGAAACGCAAAUCGAUCCAAAUCAGAAGAUGUUUGUCAGCCCAUACCAGAUCAACAAUGAUACUGGCACUAGUAGUGGUAAUGAUAAUAACUAUGGGAGAAGGUUUGCUGAGGAAUCGUCCAGCCUGGGUCCAUUGACAAAUCUCCCACCCGCCGGAGUCCCUCCUCAACCUGUUCCAUUCAAUGGAUCAGCCAACCUGAGCGACGGUCUUCAGACUGAUGACCAGCAGAUGUUCUCGGCCAUCUGCGACACUUGGCUCUUCUGA